AUGGCCAGUUCUGUUCAGCCAACUGAUAACUUUCAUACAAACGCCGAUGAAAUGAAUCUUGACAUGUUCCGUCUUAUCUGGCUCGAUGCUAAUACAAAUGUUGCAGAUGCUCGAAGUACAGAACAAAAGUUACUUUCUAUCAUUAAUCAACUCAAGAAACUCCGAGAUGUAGAAGAAUGUCAAAAAUAUAUUGAAGAGCGAUCAAAAAGCGAUCGACUAAUCAUGAUUGUUAGUGGUUCAUUGGGACGGAAAAUAGUCCCUUCUAUUCACAGAUUUCGACAAGCUAUAUCAAUCUAUGUGUAUUGCAUGGAUGAGGAAGGUAACAAGAAAUGGGUUGACAGAUAUCCAAAAGUGAAAGCCGUUGCUGCAGAACUUGAUGAACUCAUUUCUCAAAUUAAAAAGGAUCAUAAAAUUCAGAAAACCAUAGAAGAAUCUUUAUCAAUUAAUUAUUUUACUAGAAAUUCUGACCCUGGCAAAUCAACAGCUGACUUAAAUGGUAAAUUUGUUUUUUCUCAAGUUCUAAUUGAUUGUCUUCUACGACUCAAAACCAACAAAAAAGAUAUACAAGAACUUAUAAAUCGUUGUAAACAACAAUAUAACGGUAAUAGUGUCAAUAUUGAUUAUCGACAAGCCCUAUCAUUUCUCAAUGCUCCUGAUGAUACAGACAAUUUCAAAUCAGUAUUAUUUGAAAUCGAUGCCAAUCCAACUGUGGCCACUAUGAAACCAUUUGCUGAUAUCAGUAAUUAUAGUGAAUUUCCCGGCGACUCAGAAAUACUUUUUAUGCUUGGCUCUAUUUUUCGUUUGGUCAACAUCGAGUACAAUAGUGAUGAUCAAGUAUGGAUCAUUCAAAUGACUUUAUGUAGUGAGAAUGAACAUGAUUUAGAAGAAGUUCGCAUGCAUAUAACACAACAACUUGGUGAUGGAGAAACAAAUCUUCAAACAUUAGGAAAAGUAUUAUGGGAGAUGGGAAAACCUGAUCUGGCUGAAAAAUAUUUUAUGCGCUUCUUAGAACAACUUCCACCAAAUGCUCCUUUACUUGUUAGUCUGUUCGAGGAUCUUGGCAAACUCGCGUCACAGAACCAUCAGUAUGACAAGAGUGUUCAAUGGCAUCAAAAAGCUAUCGCUUUCAAAAAAGUCAAUCAAUCAAUUGCAAGUUUAAAUACUAAUAAAAUAAUUAAUUCUAAUAGUAUGUUCAAUUAA